CCACACCAAGCGAUUAAUCACUCCAAAGGAACAGAAAUCCCUAAAACACAGCAGAAUUACCACGCAUCGCUCGAAACGGAACAAUGACGGCAUCACAGAUAGAAUUGGAGGGAGCCGAGGGGCGCAGCUUUUCGGUCUCUACUGGCCUCUUCAUCGACAACAAGUUCGUGCCAGCAACCGACAACGCAACCCUCGAAGUCGAAAACCCCGCGACCGGCAAACACCUCGCCACGGUCUCUGCAGCUCAAAAGGCCGACGUCGACAUCGCGGUGGCUUCAUCCAAGAAGGCGUUUGCGUCAUGGCGCAAGACCUCGCCCAGCCAGCGGCGCGACUACCUGCUCGCCCUCGCCACGGCCCUGGAGAAGCACGCCUCUGAGCUCGCCAGCCUGGAAGCUCUAGACGCAGGCAUCCUCUACCGCGAGAGCAUGGGCCUCAACGUCAGCCAGGCGCUCGAGAACCUGCGCUAUUUCGCGGGCUGGGCGGACAAAGUGGACGGCGAAACACUCACCAUCCCAGAAGGGUUCGCAUACACGCGCCGCGAGCCGAUUGGUGUCUGUGCCGCCAUCGUGCCGUGGAACUCGCCCCUCAUGAUCACCAUGUGGAAGCUCGCGCCAUGCCUGGCGACCGGCAACACCAUGACGCCCGAGCUGUGCCCCCUGUACGCGCAGAAGCUGGGCGAGAUCAUCGUCGAGGCAGGCAUUCCGCCCGGGGUGGUCAACAUUGUGUGCGGGCUGGGUCAGGUUGCGGGUGCCGCGCUGUCGGAGCACAUGGACAUUUCGUUUACGGGCUCGCCCGGUGUGGGCAGGCAGGUCUUGGCUGCGUCGGCCAAGUCGAACUUGAAAAAGGUCACGCUCGAGCUGGGCGGCAAGGGGCCCUCGAUUGUCUUUGACGAUGCGGACUGGGAGAAUGCGCUGAUGUGGACGUCGCUGGGCAUCAGUGUCAACAAUGGCCAGAUCUGCGUCGCCGGAAGCCGCAUCUAUGUGCAAGACACCAUCUACGACAAGUUUGUCAAGGAGUUCAGCGCGCGCACUGCAGAGUCUGUUCACGGCGACCCGCUGCUGCCGGAGACGACCAAGGGCCCCGUCAUCAGCGCUGGGCAGCGCGAUCGGAUUCUGUCGUUUGUGGACAAGGGCCGCGAUUCUGGUGCCAAGCUGCUCCACGGAGGCAGAGCCCUCGACAGUGCCGGUCACUUUGUCGCCAACACGGCGUUCAGCGACGUCAAGCAGGACGCGAGCAUCAUGCAGCAGGAGAUCUUUGGACCCUUUGCCAGUAUUGCCCCGUUCAAGACAGAAGAGGAGGUUAUUGCCAAAGCCAACGACACAGUCUACGGUCUGGGAGCGGCCGUCUUCACCAAGGAUCUGGGCCGGGCCUACCGAGUCACCGAGGCGAUCGAGGCUGGGCAGGUGACAGUCAACAUGUGGGGGACGGUCAACGCCAACACGCCGUUUGGUGGCGUCAAGGAGAGCGGUUUCGGCCGGGACAUGGGCAAAGACGCGAUUGAGGAGUGGACCAGCGUCAAGGUGAUCAAGUGGAACAUGAUGGACAAGCUGUGAGAUGGAGAUGU